UCAAAAUGUCGGUUUCCUCCAAUGCUUCAUCUGCCUCAUCCGUAUCGGGCGUUACCACCUCAAACGGUCGUCGUUCAUCCCUGGGCCGUAACAGUGAAUCGGGCACCGGUUCCGGCACUGACUCCUCGGAACUUUCACACAUUUUGAAUCGUCGCCAGGUGAUUAUCGAUUCACAGGAGGCGGGCAUUGAGGUGCCAGCCACCUUCAAGGUGGUCAAUGUCUAUACCGAAUUUCAUGAAUUUUCACGCAAACAAAUCAAGGAAUACCAAAAAACCUUUAACACAUACGACACCGGCCGCGAUGGCUAUUUGGAUUUAACCGAGUUGAAAUAUAUGAUGGAAAAAUUGGGUGCUCCACAAACACAUUUAGGUCUCAAGGAAAUGAUCAAAGAAGUCGAUGAAGAUAACGAUGGAAAAAUUUCAUUCCGUGAAUUCCUUCUCAUCUAUCGCAAGGCACAGGCCGGAGAAUUGGACAAUGAUUCGGGUCUAAAUCAGUUGGCACGUUUAACGGAAAUUUCAGUUGAAGAAGUUGGUGUCAGUGGUGCUAAGAAUUUCUUUGAGGCAAAAAUUGAACAACAACUGCGUUCGAAUAAAUUCCACGAUGAAAUACGACAGGAACAGGAAGAGCGUCGGCGUCAGGAGGAGGAAAAAGCAAAUCGGCGUUUAUUGUUCCAGCAAAGAGCUGCAAUUUUCCAAUAA